CGUAAACCUCGUUCACUGGGACGGUUUGUGUGAGAGUGAGCUGAAGGAGCUCUGUUUCUGGUUAGCUGUGGGUUAAUAUUAUGCGAAAUAUGCUGGCCAUCAUUUCUAACGUUCUGAGGGGCACCGCCAGCAGAAACGGAGCCGAACUAGUAUCAGAGGGUGCAAGAGUGGUGGUAUCUGCCAGGACCUAUGCAGACUUUACCCCUCAGGCCUCCUUUGAUAUUAAGAAAUGUGACGUACACAAGCUGGAGGAGGGCCCUCCACUGCAGGCUGUGCUUACAAGAGAGGAGGGGCUUCAGUACUACCGCACGAUGCAGACCAUGAGACGUAUGGAGCUCAAAUCCGAUCAGCUCUACAAGCAGAAGAUCAUCAGGGGCUUCUGUCACCUUUAUGAUGGACAGGAAGCGUGUGCAGUUGGUAUUGAGGCAGGUAUCAAUCUAACAGAUCAUCUAAUCACAGCCUAUCGUGCCCAUGGGUAUACUCUCACUAGAGGGGGCACCGUUCGAGAGAUCAUGGCAGAGCUCACUGGUCGUAGAGGAGGCAUUGCCAAAGGAAAGGGAGGGUCUAUGCAUAUGUACACUAAACAUUUUUAUGGAGGAAAUGGAAUUGUGGGAGCUCAGGUGCCUCUUGGGGCAGGUGUAGCGUUGGCCUGCAAAUACCUGGGCAAGAAUGAACUGUGUGUCUGUCUCUAUGGUGAUGGUGCUGCAAAUCAGGGUCAGAUCUUUGAAACCUAUAAUAUGGCAUCUCUGUGGAAGCUGCCCUGCAUCUUCAUUUGUGAGAAUAACAAAUACGGAAUGGGUACUUCUGUGGAGAGAGCUGCGGCUAGUACCGACUACUUCAAGAGAGGCGAUUUCAUCCCUGGAUUGAGAGUGGAUGGCAUGGAUGUCCUUUGUGUAAGGGAGGCCACCAAAUUUGCUGCUGAACACUGCAGAUCCGGAAAGGGUCCCAUUUUGAUGGAGCUGCAGACCUAUCGUUACCAUGGACACAGUAUGAGUGACCCAGGAAUCAGUUAUCGCACACGUGAGGAGAUCCAGGAGGUGCGCAGUAAGAGCGACCCCAUCUCGAUGCUGAAGGAUCGCAUGCUGAGCAACAACAUGGCCAGCGUGGAGGAGCUUAAGGAGAUUGAUGUGGAGGUAAGGAAGGAGAUUGAAGAUGCCGCUCAGUUUGCCACCACAGACCCUGAGCCUCCACUGGAUGAUCUUUGCAACCACAUCUUCUACAAUGACCCUCCUAUGGAAGUGCGUGGCACCAACCCCUGGACCAAACUCAAGUCCGUCAGCUAAAUCGCCUUCCUUAUCAUCCCAAGUCCCCUCCCCUUCCUACCAGUACACCCUCUCCUGUUGAAGCGCACAGGAAAAUAUGAUCACCACUGAUGUGGCUAUAGGUUUCAUCGACAGUUAUUGGGAAACUCAGCCAAAUCUCGUAGCCACACUGACAUAAGUUGCCUCAUUUCACAUGUUAUCAUUGCCUUGUUUUCUUGUUGUCUUCAUCAAUUACAACACUGACCCUCAAUACACAUUUUAAAAUCUAGAUUUGUUUCAUCUCAUCUCAUCUCAUUGUUUCAUGCUGUGAAUAAACUUGGUGGUAUAUAGCUUGGAAUUAUCGGGACUUUUCAAAUGUCUCCAAUGUCUGUUGCUUAUUACCCAAAGUCCAUGUCAUGGCAGAAUAUUUAGCUCAUGUCCAUACAUCUCAAACACCUACCAUUGCUGCUCUGUUAACACACACACACACACACACACUUUUCUCACUUUAUAUACCAGCAGGAGUGUGUUUUGGCUAAGAUGUCUGAAAUGCAACCAUUUUGCAGUUCUAAUUUGACAAAAUAUUUAAAGGGAAAAGUUUGACAUUUCUAAAUUCUAAAUCUGUGUGGCCAUAUUACAAAAGUAUUUUAGAAUAUUUCAUUUCGGUUGUAUUUUAACACUCUUCAACACUCAAGAGUGUUU